AAAGCUGGGCUCAAGCAGGCAGGGGAGGUUCGGGAGCCCUCGUCUCCCCGCUUAGUUUUAGUGCUUUCCCUCCUGGUUUGUAGCAUAGGGAUGAUAGGGAGGGAGGCCUGCCUUGCAGGGCUCUUGUAAGACUUCCUGGGCUGAUGCCCGUAAAGCCAAAUAUGAUGAAGCACGAUCUUCAGGACUAAACAGGCAGCAGGAACCUACUAGGGAGCUGCCAACUCCAUCAGCACUGUGAAUGUCCCAGAGUGUGGAAUCAGCACUGGAUCCACAGUCCUUGAACCGGGACGACGUUGGCUGUCGCUGGAAAGAGCCUCUUCGAGCAGCGUGGGCACAGCUGAGCGGUGGCUCCGACUCGCCCCCGUCCCCCAGCAAAGAGCCGGUUCCCCAGGGCUAAGGGAGCACCAUGUCCCAGGCCACGAAGCGCAAGCAUGUGGUGAAAGAGGUCCUGGAGGAGUACGUGGUCCCUUCCGAGCGGCAGCAGAUUGUCCGGGUGCUGGGGACACCAGGCAACAACCUCCACGAGGUAGAGACGCCCGAAGGGGCCCGGUUUCUUGUGAGCAUGCCUACCAAAUUCCGCAAGAAUAUUUGGAUCAAGAGAGGUGACUUCCUGCUUGUAGAUCCCAUAGAAGAAGGGGAGAAAGUUAAAGCGGAGAUCAGUUUUGUCCUGUACAAGGAUCAUGUCCGCUACCUGAAAAAGGAAGGAUACUGGCCUGAAGCUUUCUUGUGUGCUGCUGCUGGAAUGCCCAGCAGUGCUAAAGAGAGCAGGGAUGGGGCACAAAGCCCCCCACGUUCUGCCGGGGAGGAAGACUCCGAGGAUGAGGACGCAGACCUGUUCGUGAACACAAACCGGGUGCAUUACGGCUAUGCGGAGAGUGAAGACAGCAGUGAUUCGGAGGAGGAAGAGGAAGGAGAGGAGGAGAAGUAACAGGGAGGCUCCUGUGAGUGAAGAACAAGCCAGUCGGGGGGCUGUAAUAACUCUAGAUGCAGGGAAGGUGCUUUUCUUCCCCCCUGCGCCUCUUCUUUGCAUGGACAAGUGGACCCCUUGGGGGAUUCCUGGGGAGGGGGGGAGAGAGAGGCCAGGCUUGUGCAUUCCGCCUGGCAGCAAAAAGCCACAGCAGCCCUUGAGGCGCCGGGGCCCGCUGGAGAGCGCUUGGCCUCUGCUGUGCUCGGGGCCUCUUUCCCCUGGCCCUCUUGGCCUUGAACGAGAAGCGACUCUUGCGGGGUGGGUGGGUAAUAUCAUGGAUGGCUAGGAGCAGCAGCCAUUCAGGAGGUCACGGGGCAGUUUGGGAGGGGCCAGGAUGAGGAAGCUGCCUGAUAACCAGUGUGUUUGGGGCGAUGUAGAUCUGAGGGCUCUUUCAACCACCCACCACCACCACCACCCGCUGCCCCGUUCUAGGUCUCUCUCAUCGCUAGUCGUCUCCUCUCCCUUACAGUGGUUUGUUCUUGCUUUGUUUCAUGGGUUUGGGGCACAGGAGAGUGCAGAGGACUGCUAUAUCGGUUUGCUUUUGUAUUCUGAGGGAACUGUUUCAAUAAAGUGCAAAUAAAAACAGAUUGCUUGAGGAA